UUAUUUCGCUCAUUUUAAAUGGUUGUUUUCAAGUUACAAGAUAAAAAUUGAAGUGUGUAUUUACGUCGCAUAAGAAGUAAUUAUUCUUGACAAGUGGGAUCGCGGAUUACGGGUUGUUAAUGCUUUUGUCGCAGUGUUCAGUCUUUUCGAAAUUUGCAUGAAAAAAUUGUUCUUAUAAUAUGCAAAACGUUUCGUAGCAACAACUGUUUCAAACUGCUCCAGCGCUCGGCUAAGACAAAAUAAUAGCGGCUGGUGAUUUCAAAAAAAAUCUCUGAAGUAAUAAGAUAAGAGUCGUCCACGGGAGAGAGGAGGCGAGGAACUGCAUUAAAUUAGAAUUAAAAGAGACUUUGUGUGGUGCGACGAAAAUGAUGAAAAAUUUAGCAAAAUUGAUGAAAGUGUUGUUGCCGUUGUUUUUUAGUUUCUGGAUCCAGAUUCGCGCAGAGAAAGAGUUGCCUGCCAUUAACCAGGUGAACUCAUCUUCGAGGAAUGUCAUGGAGAAGAGAGGAAUCCCAGCUCACCUCUGCACGACUGACAAAUCCAGACCAACAGAGACCGAUCCUGAGCACAGAUUGAUGUCAGACCUGAUGAAGAAUUACAACCAGGACGCAAGACCUGUGCUUAAUAAAAGCCAACCUGUCGUAGUGGCAUUCGAACUUGCCUAUAACCAGAUCGUGGAGCUGGAUGGACGAAGGCAGACAUUGAGAAGCAAAGUUUGGUUAAGACAGUUUUGGACGAACCCGUAUCUUACUUGGAACUCAAGUGACUACUGUGGUAUAAAAUUUAUUAUCGUAAACUCAAAAAACAUUUGGAAGCCAGAUGUGGUACUAUAUAACAGUAUUGGUCAAGAUGCGGCGGUAUACAACAAAAAUUACAUGAUAAAGAUCCACUCCGAUGGAAGAACUGAAUGGUACUUGCCUACUGAGAUGAGCAGCAUUUGUCACUUUGACAUCAAGAAUUUUCCUUUUGACUACCAGCAAUGCAAACUCAAGUUUGGCUCCUGGGCAUACACUGGCCAUGAGCUAAAUCUCACAUUACUGAAUGACAAAAAGUCCGCAGACUUGGCUGCGUUUACUCCUAAUGGAGAGUGGGAACUAGUCAGUGUACCAGGAAAAAGGAAAUCAAUAAUUUACGCAUGCUGCGACAGUCCUUAUAUCGACAUAACCUACACCAUCAACAUCAAACGUCGUGUGUUGUUCUAUCUGAAUAACCUUAUAAUACCAUGUAUUGUCUUGGCUGCUUUAAGUACGCUCGCCUUUUACCUCCCGCCUGAAUCGGGCGAGCGGGUUUCACUCGUCAUCACAGUCCUUUUAGGUCUAACAGUCUUCAUGUUACUAUACAACGAAAGCAUACCACCGACCUCGGAAUCAAUGCCUCUUAUAGGAAAAUACUUCUUCGCGGUCCUUGCUGAAGUCACUGGCUCUCUCGUUAUAACAUGCUUCAUAAUGCGUUGUUACCAUCACAAUCCUUUCAAAGAAAUGCCAGGCUGGUUCCGUUACUUCAUAUUCAGCCUAUUAGCGCCCGUUCUGCGCAUGGAAUUUCCGAAGCGCACGCAGAAGAUCGAGGAACGUCGUCGGCCGAGUCAGAGCCGAUUGUUGCCGCAUAACAAACACAUCUAUACCACGGCAGGCACGAUACCAAACGGCACAGGAAAACACUCGCAGUGCUAUGGCAACAAUAAUCUCAGCCCCAGAAAUUCGCAGCAAAGUUUAGAGAAAGUACCCGCGGCUUGUGACGGGGAGAAGAUCGAGUGUAUAUCACAACAGGUCGACAUCUUGUUGGAUUAUUUUGACAAUGAACAAAAAGUUGAUGUGAAACGCGACGAAUGGCACUUUGCAUCAAUCGUGCUUGAUCACGUGUUUUUCUAUCUGUUCAUUGCGACAAUCGUCUUCUCAAUCGUGGUGUUUUACACCAUGAUUCCCGAAUAGACGGUGUCCGCUUUACGCGUUACCAUCGACGCAAUGUGAGGACAUUGAAAUCUAUAUAUACUCGCUGGAUGGAAGUACAGCAUAACUAAAAGAUUAGAUGAAAAAUUACGCUGCAGAUUAUAAUAAUCUAAAAAGUUAAAAGUAAUUAUAUAUUUACUUGCACUGUAUGUAAUAAGGUUAUCAAGUUGACCAUAUAUAUAGUAAAGCUAUCAGUGGUCUUAUAACACGUUGUGAAAUCUGUCAGAUGUUAGCAAUUCACCUAGUGAUCUGAAACACUCAAACUAUUUGCAUAUAU